UAAAUAAUAUAUCCGAUAGAUCCUCCUGCUUGGUGUAUUAAUUGUAUAGUUGGAUUAGAGCUAUAUAUAAUUUUAUCCACAUACUAUAUUCAAUAUAGUGUUGAAUUGGAAGAUAAGGAAGUAGUAGAUGAGAUAGAUGUCGGAAGCAUCUAUAGCCAUGAAAAGAUUCAGUAGUAAUAAAGCUUCAUCUUUCCGGGAAUUCUCGGCAGCCUACGCCGCUACUUCUGGUUUGUUGCCAGCAAUAAGCUGCGGCAGCAACAACAACAAUAAUAAUAAUAUUAUUAUUAAUGGUGGUGGGGGCGGCAAUGGCAAGCAGCUGCAUCGUAGUUCAUCAUCAGCAGCAGCUUCUAGAAGACUACUACGCAAGUCAGUAGAGUUCCCAACCUCGCCCCAGCCAAACAAUGGCGGAGACAACCAAGAGAUAGUUCACAGCUCUCACGCAAAGCAUCCCCUGGUAGAGAUGACGCUCCCAGAACUGUUUACCUGCUCAGGGUGCAAAGAGUACGGCGCAGGGAAGAGGUAUGCUUGCCAACAAUGUAAUUUUCAGCUGCAUGACUUCUGUGCUCUCUCUCCUCCCUCUCUAAAGACUCAUCCCUUGCAUGGACAGCACCAGCUCCUUUUCCAUGAUAAACCCAAACAAGUGAAAUCUGGAAUUACACGGGCAAAGUGUGAUGUAUGCGGCAAGUCCACCAAAGGGUUCACGUUCAGAUGCAGAGCUUGUAGUUUUCAGAUGCAUCCUUGCUGCGCUAUGCUUUCCACGGAGAUAAAGUAUCCGCCGCAUGCCCACCGCUUAAAGCUCUUACCACCAUCCACGUCUUUAUUAUCAUCAGGUCUGGGGAGUCCUGCCGCCGGCGGUGAUCAACACGGACACGGUGGAUCUGUGGCGCCGGCGGCAGUGUCAUGCGGUAAGUGCGGGAAGAAGAGAGCGGGACGGGUGUAUGGCUGCACAGCCUGCGAUUAUCAUCUACACGCAGUUUGUGCUAAGGAAAUGAUCAAUGGGCUUCAAGCCAACGGAAUCAAUCCCCCAGAGAAGCCAAGCGUGCUUGGGACUGCCGUUAAGAUUGCGGGUCAGGUGGUUUUCGAGUUCAUCGGAGGGCUUAUAGAUGGAAUCGGCGAAGGGGUUGGAGAAGCCAUUGUUCAGAAUAUUUCUGGAGGUAGGGGCAGUGCCAGGAUCAGAGCAACGCCUUAAACCUACCUACCUACCUAACCUUAAUUAUUUAUAUAUUUACCCCACACCACCAUCCAACAUACAACUUUUCAUUAAAAAUAAAUAAAUAUAAGGGGUACGUAAAAAGUUUAAAAUAGAUAAGUUAAAUUUUUAUUUUUUAAAAAAUAAAAAAAAGUGUGGAUUCUUUAUGAAGCUUGUUUGUGUAUAUAUGUAUUUCAGAUUGAAAUAGCUAGGGAAUUCAGCUUCCAGAAUAGCUAGGUAGAUAGCAAGUGUUGAGGAGUAUUACAUUAUAGAUAUUGUUGGAGUGAAGAAUUACUGGAUAUGAUGUAACAGAUUAAAUGCCUUAGCUUGUACAGUGCAGCUAGCAUGCAUGCAUAUAUAUUAUUAUAUUGUCUGUCUUGUGAUUAUAAAAUAAAAAGCCUGCUGGCUUAGCCUACAAUCAUUGAUUAA